AUGUUCUCUCCUACUUCACUCCAUCACAUCACCACCACCACCACCACCACCACCACCACCACCACCACCACCACCACCACCAAGGUCCCAGGCUAAUUCGGGUCGUUCUCUCACUAACAAAAAGUCGUGGCCCAUAGUGGAGUCCGGCAGCCGUCUGGGAUAACCGGGCAGCCCUGUUCAGGGAUGCGUUGCCUGCCCCCGCGAGGGGUGGAGGCAAAUUCGCCACCAUCAUCAGCGCCUACGCUCCGCCGAUCAGCAGCCCCGACGCCGUCAAAGGCAAAUUCUACGAGGACCUGCACGCCCUCUUUGCGACUGUGUCGAAAGCGGACAAGUUGAUUGUCCUUGGCGACUUCAACGCCCGCGUCGGCACAGACCAUACUGCCUGGAGGGGAGUGCUGGGUCCCCACGGUCUCCGUGUCUCCAACGACAACGGUCUGCUGCUUCUCCGCACCUGCGCAGAACACCGCCUCAUCCUGACGAACACGUUCUUCUGUCUGCCGGAGCGAGAGAAGGCCACCUGGAGGCAUCCUCGGUCGCGUCAGUGGCACCUGCUGGACUAUGUCCUCGUCCGGAGGCGAUAUCAGCGGGACGUGCUGGUGACGAAGGCGAUCGCGGGUGCGGACGGGUGGACCGACCAUCGCCUCGUCAUCUCGAAGAUGCGUAUUCGCCUACAGCCUCGCAGGAGACCACAAGGUAAGCGACCCCCAGGUAAGCUGAAUGUUGCUUUGUUGUGUUUACCCGCUCACCAUCUUCAUUUCAGCAAUGAGCUAGCUCGACGGCUAGACAACCUUCCUAUCGCUGCCGCCGCCGACGACGCCGCCGCUGCCGAGAACGCCUCCGUGGAGAACUGCUGGUGUCAACUGCGAGACACGGUCCAGUCGACGGCGCUCGCCGUCCUCGGUCGUGCUCCCCGCCAACACCAGGACUGGUUCGACGACAACGACGCCGCCAUCAGAAAUCUGCUUGCCGAGAAGAACCGCCUCCACAAAGCCUACGUAGAUCACCCCACUGAGGACAACAAAGCUGCCUUCUACCGCAGUCGCCGACAGCUUCAGCAACGACUGCGCGAGAUGCAGGACGCCUGGACUGCUCGCAAAGCUGAGGAGAUCCAAGGCUACGCGGACCGCAACGAAUGGAAGAACUUCUUCUCCGCGAUCAAAGCUGUCUACGGUCCGCCGACGAAGGGCACUGCUCCUCUCCUCAGCGCCGACGGCAGCACUCUCCUGACUGAGAAGACGCAAAUCCUACAGCGAUGGGCCGAGCAUUUCCAGGGCGUCCUCAACCGCCCUUCCGUCAUCUCCGACGCCGCCAUCGCCCGCUUGCCGCAAGUGGCGACGAACGUGGACCUCGACCUCCCGCCAUUUCUCCAGGAGACCAUCAGGGUCGUGCAGCAGCUCUCCAGCGGGGAAGCACCCGGAUCGGACGCAAUCCCUGCUGAGGUCUACAAGCACGGAGGUCCCCUACUGAUGGAUCACCUGACUGCGCUCUUCCAGGAGAUGUGGCGUCAAGGUGAAGUCCCGCAAGAUUUCAAGGACGCAACCAUCGUGCACCUAUACAAGCGCAAAGGGAAUCGCCAAGUCUGCGACAACCACCGUGGCAUCUCCCUACUGAACAUCGCCGGGAAGAUCUUCGCUUGCAUCCUGCUCAACCGCCUCAACGACCAUCCGGAACAAGGCCUUCUGCCGGAAAGCCAAUGCGGCUUCCGUCGUCAUCGUGGGAUCACGGAUAUGAUCUUCGCCGCCCGUCAGCUUCAUGAAAAGUGCCAAGAGAUGCGGACCCACCAGCACUCUAACUUCGUGGACCUGACGAAAGCCUUCGACACGGUGAAUCGUGAAGGACUGUGGAAGAUUAUGCAGAAAUUCGGCUGUCCGGAACGAUUCACUCAGAUGGUGCGUCAGCUGCACGACGGUAUGAUGGCGCGAGUCACGGACAACGGAGCUGUCUCAGGGGCAUUCGCAGUGACCAACGGAGUGAAGCAGGGCUGUGUGCUGGCGCCUACUCUCUUCAGUCUCAUGUUCUCUGCCUUGCUGAUGGACGCCUACCGCGGCGAACGCCCCGGGAUCCGCAUCGCCUACAGGACGGACGGUCAUCUCGUGAAUCAACGGCGGAUGCACUUCCAAUCGCGCGUAUCCACAACCACAGUGCACGAACUCCUCUUCGCCGACGACUGCGCCCUGGACACCACCUCGGAAGAGGAAAUGCAACGCAGCAUGGACCUAUUCUCCGCCGUCUGCGAGAACUUUGGGCUGGUUAUCAACACGCAGAAGACGAUGGUGAUGCACCAACCGCCGCCCAACUCAGCCACAGCCUCCAACGCGCCGCAAAUCAACGUGAAUGGGACUCAACUGCAAGUGGUAGAGAACUUCCCGUACCUGGGCAGCACGCUCUCCCGCAACACCAAGAUCGACGACGAAGUCGCCAACAGGAUCUCGAAAGCCAGUCAAGCCUUCGGUCGCCUCCAAAGCACAGUCUUCAACUGA